GUGUUGGACCAAUUCGCAAACGUCGUCCGAAUCGCGCUUUCAGCGGAAGAGAUAUUACCCAAGCGCAUCUACCGUCUCACGGAUUUUGUCGAAUCAGCGACAUUCUCGCAUGUACAAUGUGCUGCACUGCUCGCACGAAUGUUCUUCAAACCAAAAACUAGUCAUUCGCUCAGUUUUCAUUACCUCCUGGAACACGACGAUGAACUAUCGAUUGAAAAACUGCGCUUCCUGUUCGCCUAUUUCGAUCGAAUCGCGACGAAUCCGCCGAAAGGAUGUGUCAGUUUCCGUCUGAAAACAGUGAGAAACGAAGAAUUCAAAGAGGAAUGGAUCAAAAAUAAGUGCAAUCCGAUGCCCGAUGUUCGAAUCUAUGAUCAAAUGGUUAUUGAGGAGACCGCACUCUGUACACAAAUCGAUUUUGCCAAUGAGUACUUGGGUGGAGGCGUUUUGAAAAGUGGCGCUGAAGAAAUCCGUUUCCUAAUGUGUCCCGAAAUGAUUGUCGGAAUGUUGCUGACGGACAAAAUGGACGAUACGCAGGCGAUUUCGAUCGUUGGAGCAUAUGUGUACAGUGGCUAUACGGGUUACGCAAAUAAACUGAAAUGGCGCCCCCUGUCCGGUCGAUACGCUCGUCAGAAUGACGCACGUCUUCGUGAUAAAUACGGACGUCUUCGUGUGGAAACCGUAGCAAUCGACGCGAUGUAUUUUAAAACGAAAGCUAUUGCGGAACAAGUGACAUCGGACAGUUUGACGAGAGAAAUGAAGAAGGCCUACACUGGAUUCGCACAAUCCGAGCACUUUGGUCAGAUUCCGAUUGUCACUGGAUUCUGGGGAUGUGGGGCGUUCAAUGGGCACAAACCGCUGAAAUUCCUCAUCCAACUAAUGGCUGCUUCAAUCGCCGGACGUCCUCUACAGUUCUGUAUUUUUGGGGAUACGGUAAUGGGAAAUAAAUGUAGACAAAUGAAACGCAGACUUGAAAUGGACAAUGUUACUGUUGGU